GUCAUGCCAACUUGUAGGUAGUUAAGAAUUAUUGAACAUUAUAUUCUCUUCAAACGCCCUUUCCAAUUACAAAAUAUUUCAAUUUCAUCAACAAACAACCCUCAUCAAAUUUCCAACUCUUCCAAAAUGGAUAAGGCAAAGGCAGUUAUCGCGGACUUCACGAGCAAGUCCGGCCACCAUGACACGACCACUCACGAGGCAGUUGCUCCCGCCGUUCACCAUGAGACCGUCAAGCCUCAUCAUCAUGAAGAGGUCAACACCGUCGUUGACAAGGAGGUUCACCAGGAUCACUACCACCGCACAGUCCAGCCAGUACACGACCGCGAGAUUCUCCCUGAGACACACACAGCCAAGCUAGGCGGUGUUCAACAUCGGGAGUUUGACCACCGUGACCACGACACUACAAAGCAUCACUUGGCUCAAGAGCAAGCUCAGUUCAGAGAUGAGAAGCGCGUUGAUGCUACCACAAAGAGUCAGAGCGUAGCUCCCACAGUCGGCGGUCACGUACAUCAUCACAUCCACGAAACUAUUCAGCCAGUCAUACAUAAGGAGUCAAUCCAACCUAAUGUAGUGCACACCACUGUACCAAUCCAUGAGGUUCACCACCAAAAGGCCACUCACCACGAUACCACUGCGCUACCCGCGAUGUCCAUGGAUGAGUUCAAGGCUAAGGACGGAGUCCUUACCGGCCGUGAGGAGCGUUACGACGAAUUCGAGGGCGUUCCCAAGGGUAUUGGAGGUAGCACAGCUGGCGGACUUGGUGCUGCUCACGGCACUGAACAUCGUGCUGCCCACGGCUCCGAACAUGGUGCCGUGCAUGGCACUGAACAUCGUGCUGCCCACGACUCCAAACAUGAGACUGGUCACAAGCCGAGUUUGAUGGAUAAACUGAACCCCAAAGUUGAUUCGAACGGCGAUGGCAAGGCUGGUUUCAUGAAAUGAGUAUUUAAUCCACCAUAGCUGGGAGGGCGAAAAAGCCUUGUUGCAGUAAAAUAGUUCAGGAAGAAUAAUGAGAACAGAAUCAAUGAUAUCUUCCAAUCACUUUUUGCGUUCUAAAUUGUAGUAGAAAUGAGACCGCGACUAAGCGGCAUGAAGGCACUUGAAAAGGGCGUUCAAAAAUACCGACCAAUAAUGCUGUAGGCUGUCUACGGCACAGUGACGUAGGCCCCUUAGCCGAUCUGUAUUAUCUGGGAGGUUAUUGAUCAGAUAGCAAGUUUUAAGUAAGUAAUAGCAC